UUUGAAGCUGAACAGGUCUAACAUGUUAUAGUCACCAAAGAAUUUCCGUUGAUUUUUCUAUGACUUUUUACGAUUCGUAUUAAUUUAAAUGACUUUUCCAUGCAUCAUUGUUUUAUGACCAUGACCUUUGUGUUAAAAAUCUCAUCUCGUUAUCUCUCUCUCCUCCCACGCGCAGGGCAAGCGGUUGCUUACUUUCACGCUUAACUGGAUAAGCCUCUAUUGCAACGAGCAGUGACAAGUAUGACGUGACGUCAGGCAGGUAAGUGAAUCAGAAGUGCUGUGAACUUUCUCUUGUUUUAAGGUGUGCCCAUCCUUCUUUCAGGGCGACUGGAAACAUUUAACGGACCAAAAACGACAGGGCUUCAACAGUGUGUUGUGCUUCCAAACAACAUUUCAGACGGACUUUUAUUGAGUUUAGAAAGUACCGAAAAGUUGAUAAACGAACAAUCGGACGAUGGCUGUCGCUGGAAUUUAUCGGGUUAUGUUUGUUUCUGCUGUUUUGAUAUUAGCUUCUGCACAGGCAGGUAGAAGCAAACAAAGAGGUUUCUUUGGCAUGCUGGUUGAUGAUGAUCAUGUGAAAGUUGACCAGAACACUAUAGAUACUCUAAAGAGCGGUCUCACAACCAUUUUCCUGCCAGUUAUUUACAUAAUUGUCUUUGCUGUCGGGUUGCCAAGUAACGCUAUGGCCAUCUAUGUUUUACUGUACCGGUCAAAGAAAAUUUACCCCUCUGCCAUCUACAUGGCAAACCUGGCACUGGCUGACCUAAUGUUUGUUAUCUGGACACCUCUUAAGAUUGCUUACCACUUUAAAGGGAAUAACUGGACAUACGGGGAAGGGAUGUGUAAAGUGAUGGUGGGUUUCUUCUACGCCAACAUGUACAGUUCCAUCCUCUUCAUUGCGUGUCUGAGCAUACAGCGGUACUGGGUUUGCGCUCACCCCCUUACGCAUCAGAGGAAAAACAACAAAUUUGCAAUCAUUGUUUCUGUUAGUAUCUGGAUCUUUAUUUGGGUCAGCACAACUCCUUUGUACCUGUACCAGCAGACUGCUGAACUCUCAGACCCGAACAUCACCACCUGCCAUGACGUCAGUCUUAUCAAGCAAGAGAACUUCCAAAUGAACAAUGUGUUCCCGGACAUUCAGGAGCCCUACUAUUAUUUCAUGGUGAUGGCAGGUCUUGUGUUCUUCAUCCCAAUGGUGGUCAUCAUCGUAGCCUACAUCCUGCUGCUCCAGUCACUUGGAAACUCUGCAGGCGUGGGAAGCGCUGGGAAAAACCGUCAAAAGGCUGUGGCCCUCAUCAUAAUAGUGCUUCUAUCAUUCCUAGUCUGCUUCAUUCCUAGUAAUGUGAUGCUGGUGGUACACUACUCAGUUCUGCGAAUGGGUUGGUCCAACAACGGCUACGGCUUCUACAUCACAACACUAUGCUUGGCUAGUCUAAACAGCUGUCUGGACCCUUUCCUCUACUAUUAUGUGUCUGAUGAUUUCAGGAAACAUGUUAAGAACACACUACUGUGCCAGAGCAGUCGUACGGUGGAGAGGAUGAGAGUGUCUUCCAGUUCAAUUAAAUACAAAAAGACCAACACGAACACUUCCAGUACAACCCGCACAGAAAAUAGCACCUGCUGAGAGCACACCUGCAGAGGUGGAUAUGGACUAUAAUGGGCAGACUGUGACACAAUGGUGGGAAGAUUCUCUUUUGAAUUAUAUUGAAGCUUAGAGUGAAUUUCUAUCAAAACAUGGCCUCAGACAGUCUGUGACAUUUUCUUUCAGCUGUGAGACUUAAGUAAACCAAAAGCUGAUCAGUUGAUGGGGCCACAAAGAGAGUUUGAACAGAACAAUAUGUUUAGACACUCCUACUGUAGCACACUGUCUAAACCUCAGAGAGUCGUAAAGCCAAACACGUUCAUAAAACUUGAAUAGGAGUAUUUCACCAGAUUAUUUUGAUACAUUUUAUAAUGCUCAGAUGUGCCUUGUUUAAUUAUGUUUAAUGUGAAUUUAUCGACCCAUGGUGGGUAAAAUAUUACAAUGUGUGUACAUUUUAAGCCUGGAUUUGUUAUUUUUAAUACUAGCUGUUUUUUUCUAUUGCACAAAAUCUGAUUAACAAAGUUUUUUGCCUCUUAGUCACGCUGUAUUAAAUAGCUGUAAUUUGGUCAGCCACUUCUUAUCACUAAUGAAAGUUUGAGUGAUAUUUGAGAGAUGAUGAUGAUUCUUAAAGUGACACAUUUGAUAUUUCAUACUGAAGUAACUGUUAACAGAGCUUCAUAAUCUUAAACUUGCUUUUUGUCCAUCAAUUCACAGAUCCUAGCCAGUUCAGUGCACAUCUGUGAUAAUUUUCACUCUGUUAAACAAGUGGUUAUUUAUCAUCAUUUGUAUCUCUCUGUAAACCACUAGGGCUUACAGCUCUUUUUUUAAUUUUUUUAUCGGAUGUCACUGUAGCACUAACAUUUUAAAUAAAUGUCUGUUUUGUAAAUCAUUGGGACUCUUUUGUGAAGAAUUGUUAGUUUCCUAUAAUUAGUUGAGUUUGUAAUAUUCUGUGAUUACCUGUUGAAAACGUGUAUGUCUAGAUGAGUCCGCUUGUUUCUGGCAAAACUAUGACACAUUGUAUCAUCACAUCAAACUAUAACUUACCAAACGUAGUGAGUCAUGAUAUCAGACAUUCUUUGUGGUUGUAUCGAUGAAGCUUAGAUAGUUUAAGAAUGUGUUUGCUGAGGCACAAUGAUCUUUGUUCAUGAAAGCAGAACAAGUUUAUAUAUGUGUGUGUGUGUGUGUGUGUGUGUGUGUGUGUGUGUGUGUGUGUAUGAAUUGUUAAUGUUAAUUUGGUUAAAGGGAUAGUUCACCCCAAAAUAAAAAUUCUCUGACCAUUUACUCACCCUAAUGCCAUCCUAGAUGUAUAUGACUUAUUUUCUUCUGCAGAACACAAAAAAAAUUUUUAGAAGAAUUUUUCAGCUUUGUGGAUCCAUAGAAUGCAAGUGAAUGGUGACCAAAAAUUUGAAGCUCCACAAAGCACAUUAAGACAGCAUAAAGGUAAUCCUUUCAACUCCAGUGGUUUACUCCAUGUCUUCUGAAGUGAUCCAAUCGGUUUUUCCUUUUUCACAAUAAAUCUUGACAUGAGCUGUGUCCUUGGCGAUCAUGAUUUUAAGCUCGGUGAACUGUUCCUUUAACCGCUUUUAAUAAUUUUUGUUGAGGGACAAUUGUUGUCCAACAUGAUCAGACGUGAGGUCGGCAUGUUGGUUGCAUACCGAGCGUUCCCCAACCCUAGGAUUGGCCACACUAGGCAUGUCCUAUCGUAAAUUUUUUUUAUCAGCUCCAGCAUGUUUAGCGCCCCCUGUGGCACGACCCGGAAGCGCAUUCCAGGAAGUAAUUCCAUAACUUAAAAAAAAAAAAAAACAACAACUCUAUUCACAACUCUCAGUGCUGGCCAGGAUGGGCCAAUCACAGUUGUUUAUUCUUAUUGGAAGUUUACUGGAGUUUAAAAUCCUUUUUUAGAUACUGCUGAGGCGGAUUAACAUUCACAGGUAUGAAUCCUUGCAAUUAUUAGUUUUUAUUAAAAAAAAAAAAAACAUCCACUGUAAAAUGUCUCCAAUGAGAGAAAAACGUUCUGCUAUUUAAAUGCAGAUGAAUGGAGGAUUUGGUUUGCAAUGUAUUCAUGACUGGGGGUUGCUCCUGCAGCAGUAUCACUUUUUAUUUAUUUGUUUUUCCUUCUGUUUUUGUAUGGUUUGAAAGUGUAUAGGCAUAAUUCAAAUGUUUUAUGUAUUUAUGUAAUACAGAAAGUAUACACAAAUUUAACAGAACAAUGUUGGCAUUGUGACAUGUUAAUUCAGAUUCUUUUUCAGUGAAGUGUAACUUUUCAUUCAGUUUUCAUAGUAUUUUUAAAUAAAAUUUGUGUGAUAUGAAG